AUGCAAGCGCUCUCCACGGUCGCGUCGGCGGCACGCCUCGUCCCUGGCUUCCUCGUCGUCGACUUUGACGGCACCUGCACCGUCAAGGAGACGAUCGGUCUGCUGCCACGGCUGGCCGCCCACCUUGGGCAGGAGAGUGCGGCGGCGGCGAAGCUGGCGCGCUUCAAGGAGCUGGAGGAGGAGUACAUCGCCGGCAUACGCCGCGUGAACGCGCGUCACGACCUCGACGGGCCUCCGCCGGCCUCGCUCGACCUCGUGACGAACCGCGUGGGCGAGAGCGGCGUGCUGGCCGGCAUCUCUCCCUCCGCCGUCGCGCCGACGCUCGCAGAGUGGGCGGCCAACCCAGCCGCGCCGCCGAUCGCAGAGCUGCGCCACGGCUGCGCAAGCACUCUCGGCUCGGCCUCCGCGGCCGGGAGCCGGCUCGGGGUCCUGUCGAUCAACUGGUCUCCGCCGCUGAUCCGCGCGACCCUCUCCCCCCUCGCCGCUCCGCUAGAGCUCUGGUGCAACGAGUUGCAGCCGGACGGGUCGAUCGUGCUUCCCGUCCCCGGCGCUGCCGCCAAGCGCGCGAGAAUCGCUGCCCUCGUCGACGCGGUGUGCGCGAGGCCAGUCGUGUACGUGGGCGACUCUCCGACCGACCUGCUUGCGAUGCUCGAGGCUGACGUUGGGGUGAUCAUCGGCGAGUCCGCCUCUGCGCGCCUCAUCGCGCGCCGUUUUGGCGUCCGGAUCGCGCCGCUGCCGCCGUCGCUGCGGGAGUGCCUCGCAGCGCGGGGUGCGCAGGAGGGCGAGGUCGCGGCCGCCGCAGACAGCCCUGGCGUGGUGUGGGAGGCGGGGAGCUGGGAGGAGAUACGGCGGUGUCUGCUGAGCGAGCUGCAAGAUCCAAUCUGA